UCUCCUACAUUGUACUAUCCUUCAGACGCUCCAAAGCCUCCCUCUGUGUCAGUGAGUCCCUCUGGUGAGAUCAUGGAGGGCAGCUCAGUGACUCUGACCUGCAGCAGUGAUGCUAACCCAGCAGCUAAAUACACCUGGUACAAGAGAAGUGGAGAUAAACAAGUUUAACGUCUCAGUGAAGAGACACAAUUUGUCCUCAGCUCCAUACGGUCGUCAGACUCUGGAGAGUAUUACUGCACAGCUGAGAACGAGCUGGGAAGGAAUUCAGCAAACAUCUUUAUUACUGUGACAUGUGAGUGAACACAGGAUAUAAAGUGAAGAGAUAUUGAAUCUGUCACCUUCUUUGUCCUUUACAUUUUAAAUGUGCAGAUAUGGGUCGUUUUACUUCAGCCCCAUAAAUAUUCAAAGUCAGACCAUUAGCAGCACAAAGAGGAAUCCACCCAGCGUCUGUUAAAACAUCCAUAAAGUUUUCACCAUCAUCAGUAAACUUGAAAGAUAUUUCCUUCACCGUGCACAUUCAUGUGACGAGCAAACAUCUCUCAGCAGACAGUGGUGAAAACAAAACCCUGGGACUAUGCACACAUAACACACACACCUCCCAACAGGGGGAGCAGUGGCUCAUUGACAUUUUAAGAGACACGCCCACAAACAGGCCUCUCUGAACAGGGCUCAUCACACAUUUUAUUUGGUAGAAACUAAUUGUCUAAUUGUGGAAAAGGGUCAUAAUAUGUCACGUUCAAGUCCACGUUACAAACUGGACUAUGGAUUGGAAAUCUGUGGACAUUCAGGGGAGUCUGGAAACAGUAGUGCAACAGGAAGUCAUUGAGAAAACUCUCACUUAACAACAAGAAGUAUUUACCUGUGUCAGUUUAACAACUUUGCUGUUGUUACUCAGUGACUCGACUCACCUGAGAACCUUUGACUUUAACACAUCAUAUCAUAUAUGUCCCCAAAUGUUAAACACAAUGUCUGUCAUCUGUUAUCAUCAUUCUGUUUUCACACAUACAGACGCUCCAAAGCCUCCCUCUGUGUCAGUGAGUCCCUCUGGUGAGAUCAUGGAGGGCAGCUCAGUGACUCUAACCUGCAGCAGUGAUGCUAACCCAGCAGCUAACUACACCUGGUACAAGGAGGACGAGGACUCACCAACAGCAUCAGGACAAAACGUCACCAUCACUGAUAUCACAGCUGAACAUGGUGGAAAGUAUCAGUGUGAGGCUCAGAACACACAAGGACGUAGUAACACCACCUUACAUCUGACUGUUGGAGCAGGGAAGUCAGUGAUAAUCAUGAAUACCAUCAGGUACACUCUGGUGGUCGUGCUGGUUCCAGUGCUUGUCUGGAUUCUGUGGACGAGGAUGAAGAAAACUCUGAGCUUGAAAUCAGAAGUGAAUGAAGCUGUGGAGAUGAUAGAGUUAGACAACUGUCCUGAGUAUGAUGACGUCGCUGCUGCAGCACAGACAGAAGACACAGAGGAGCAGGAAGACCUGGUGUGAAGCCUCAGGUGCACUGUGAUUGGUUGAUGGAAGUAUUUAGGAGGAAACAGGAAGUAUCUGUCUCUCCAUCCCCGGUUGCAGCAGCAGCAGUUUGCAUGACCUUUAGAGCAAGAGUAUUGUUGUGUUGUGUCUUUUCUUUUUCUUUUCUGAUGGGUCCAGUCAUCCAGUUUUCGCAGCUUUAUUUCUGUGAGCUUUAGUUCUGAUGUUGGUUUAGGUUGAAGGAAGAUUCUCAGAUCCUACGACCCUUUGUGGGUUGGUGUGUUGGGUUUUCCUUCUUUUGUCCAUUUUGCCGGCCUGUUGUUGAAGUUGUUGUCUUUUCUGCAAUAAAUUGAUUUUUUUUUAUGCUGUUACCCUUUGAACUAUGUUGGACAUCUUGGGGAUGAAACUUUGAGGCUGUGGUAACACCAUGUGACUCAUGUUGUGUCUUAUAUGUGAUAUUAAUGUGGUUAUUACAUGGAUAAUGAAUUAUUUGUAUUGUGAUUUUAUGAUUCUUUCUUAAAUACAUGUUUUUGGUCUUUUGUUUUCA